UCACCCAACAAGUCACUCUGUUUCUCAAAUCUUUGUCAGUUCUCGGCUUCACACUUCACAAUUAUGUGUACAGGUGCAUUUUACAACAGAGAACAAAUACAUAUUCCUCCCAACAUAGAAAGUGUUGGUUUAUCUUACACACUUAAGGAAUCAUAUCAAGUACACUCUGAAAACUUGCAGCAUGAAUAUCCUGAACUCUUUCAGUUUGAGACCAACGGAUGCUUUAGGGUUUGAUCACGACUGCUGAUUCACAACGAAAGGGAGAAAAGGAGGUAAUGUUACAGCUCACCCAUUUGAUUAAGAGCCUAUAUCUUCUGCUCCUGCAUUUCAACAUUAACUAUUCAAGUUCACCGCCCAUACAUCUUAACAUUUCAAUGCAGUCUGUAAAUAUGAAGCACAUUUUGAUAUGGAGCCCUUGGCAGGUGUCCUGUUCAACUGUCAACUACACUGUGCAGUUUCAGGGAGAAUAUGAGUUACACAAACUAAACGGAACUUGGGUGGAUGCAUAUGAUUGUCAAGAGAUCAGUGAAAACCAAUGCGAUCUGACUUCUGACCUGGCCUCUAACUCUGACUACUGCAUCCGCGUGAUGACAAAAUGUGAUAACAAGACAAUAUGGACACAGCUACCACUACCAUUCAACAGGAGAAACACUGUGCUACUGGCUCCUGAAAUGACAACGGUUAUAGAGGGAGACCUUGUUCAGGUGGGAUUUAGCACAAUUCUUCCUGAUAUGACCGUAUACAUGGAGUCCUGGAGCGAGGGAGAUGAACAAAACGCUCUAAUUCAUGUGAUCAGAAACUUUCCAUAUCAUUUUUCCAUUGCCACCCAUCGAGGAGAAAAGAUGUGCUUUAGGGCAGAAGUCCUUGUGGAGGCCAUUAACAAGAGCUGCAGCAUCCAUACUCGGUGCAUCAGUACGCCGAAGACAGCAGACUUUGGAAUACUAGUUACAGUGAGCAUAGCGGUGGUGGUAGUCGUUGCCUUGGCUAUUUUUCUGGGAUGUUCAGCGACAUGUUUUGGUCCAUAUAUCAAACAAACCAUAUGUCACAGAGAGCCGCUUCCCAAUGUACUGCUUUAUGAUCGGCCCAUCAGCACUCCUAUCCUCUAUAUAGAUGUUUCUAUGGAGCACACAGACCCACUUUUGCUGUUCUGCCCAGCAGAGAGUCAGUACACAGGUGUGGAGGAAACAGGCUGAG